AACACUGUUUGUGUCUGUUCGGAGCAGCCCAGUGGAGCCUGCUGGACACAGGGGUGAUUUCCUCUCCAGGACCCGUGGGGACCGUGUUCCCUCUGCAUCUGGCAGCCCUGAGGUCCCAGUGGUGCCUCACCAGCAGCAGCCCUGGCACAGGCACCCCAGCACACCCCUGGGCAUCUCAGUGUUCAGUGCCGGUGCCAUGGGAGCCCCCAGGUCACCCGCUUCCCCUGCCCCAAAGAAAGGGGACAUGGCCCCUCUUCACGGGGUCCUUCUUCCCAGGACAGCUUGGGCCCUCCUCACCCCAUAGACUUAGGAGUGCUGCUUUUAUGAUUCUCCUAAACCAAAUGAAGCUGCAGAUGAGGGUUCCAACCUCCAACCAAGCAUGCAGGGAUGAGAUCUAAGGGUGCAGAUGGAAGUUGAUCCAGGGAUCCCUUGCCUUGGAGAGCUCUGGAUGCCGCUGUCCACCCAGACCUGCAAGUUACGCUGUCUGAUGUGGGCUCCUGCAGUAUGGAAAGUUUGGUGGAAGCCUCAGCUUGGCACUGGCUUGCCAUAAGCACCAGGUUUAAAGCUGUGCCAUGAAGAAGACAUCUGGUAAGUAGGCCACUGAAACCAACACAGGAGAAGAAAGUAGAAGGGCCACAAUCUUAUCCUCUUAAAAUUGCCUUGACAAAGAGAUGAAACUGUCUGCACCUUCUGGCACCAAGAACAGCCCUCCCAAACAACCUGUCCUGAGAGCUUUUUGCUCCUGUAGAGAAAGCAACCCUGGUUGACAUUGCUGGGGCUGGAGCGGGGGAUCUGCAGGGUCGCACCAGGCCAAAGACAGGGAUUGGGAAGGAGAAUGGCAAAGGGACCCAUAGGCAACUGUUUGUUACAUGGAGCCCUUGCCCUCUCCUCAUAGCAUGCAGGUUGGGGUGCCAGGGGACACUGUAUACAGUGACUUCUGGGUGCUGGACACUGGUCCCAGCUUAGUGACUUAAAUCAUUGAUCCUGAAACCUGGCAGUGGAGAGUUAGCAAGCAGGCACGUCACUUGAGAACCUGUCCUCAUCUUUCCAAGGUCUAUCUCCUCCUUUGCUGGUUUCUGUGUGUAUGUCCUUAAAAAGCUGGGUCUCUCCACUUCAGUUUGAUCAAGGCUCCCCAGAAUUUGCUUCAAGCAGGCAAUUCAUGUGUAGUGUUUGUGUGUCUGAGAGAGUCAAUAAUUGAGAAGGGAAUUAUUUUGCACUUCUCUGUCUGGAAGGGCAUGACUCCGUCCUCAGGGGGUUUAGUUGUGUUGUCAUGGGAUCUGAAAACUGCUUGAGCCACGGUCUGCAAGUGCCUCCUUGUGCCUCUACAAAUACCAGAAGUGAACACAAGUGGGUGUGUGCAGUGCCUAUAAAGUCACCGUGGAAAGCUCGGCAUGGGAGGGUGCACCACUGGGUUCCUGCUCUCCACUCAGCCGUGCUGUUGUGAUGGGGCUCCAGGCUGGGACACGUCGGCUCCGCUGGGACCUUGUCCUCCUGCCCAUGUCGAUGCUUCUCCUCUGUGCAAGUGCUGGCCCAGCAGUACCCCCUGUCAGCCCCCGGAGUGGGUUCCCCGCAGACUGCAACCAUCUCCGCAAGACCAGCCCCAGUGGGGUGUACGUCAUCCAGCCAGCAGGGUCACCCCCACGGGUAGUGUGGUGCGACAUGGACACCGAAGGCAAGGGCUGGACUGUUGUCCAGAGAAACUCUCAUGACACAGAGAUCACAUGGAAGCAAUCCUGGACCACCUACAAGUACGGCUUCGGGAAUGUGCAGGGUGAUCACUGGCUGGGGACCGAGUACCUGCACCUCCUGACACAGCAGGGCACCUACAAGGUCCGCUUCGUCGUGCGGAAUAAAGCCAAUGUCACCCAUUACGCCGAGUACGACAUCUUCAGGGUGGAGAGUGAGGCCAGUGGGUACCCGCUGAGGCUGGGCCGGUUCUCUGGCGAUGGGGACGACUAUCUGACCGACUACCACCCCAAGAAGGGGGGCAUACACGACAACAUGAAGUUCAGCACAACCGACAAGGACCAGGACCAGUACAGUGGGAACUGCGCCAGCAGCUACGGGGGCUGGUGGUACGACAGGUGCCAGAAUGUCCUGCUCAAUGCCAAAAAACACAUCCUUUGGCCAGGAUUCUGUGAUAAUGGCGACUGCGCAUCAUCCCUCAUCCUGGUCAAACCCACAGACGUGUGCUGACCAUGCCGCAGCACCCAGCCCCCCCCCAGUUUGUGGGAGUGCCACCGUCCCCAGCUCAGUGCCCCGACCCUGUGCC